CUGCUGCGCAUCUACAUCGCCUUCCAGGAUUACCUCUUCGAGAUGAUGCUGGUGGUCGAGAGCGUCAUCCUGAAGAAGCUGAGCGGCUUUCCCGACUCCAAAAUCGGCCCCCUCCAAAUCCGGAAGAGCACGGAGAAAUUCCUCCUCUUCCUGAAGGAGCACUUUGACCAGCUCUUCGGCAAGAUGGAAGAAGUGCUCCUGCAGCUGGUGCUGAACAUCCCCAGGAACGUGCUGCUCCCCGAGGACAAGGCCCACGAGCAGCACCCCUACAGCCAAGAGCAGUUCCAGGCGCUCCAGGACGAGAUCCACCAGCUGCAGCAGCAGUGCAGGGCUGAGGUGGCGGCAGGGCAGGCGCUGCGGGCGGAACUGGAGGAAAAGAAGGGUGUCCAGGCCGAGCUGGAGAAGAUCGUGCAGUGGUUCGAUGGGCUGGAGAACAUCUGUCGGGAGCACGGCACCAGCAGCUUCAAAGAAAGUUUCGCUUUCUUGACGCAGAACGCGAAGAGGCUGCAAGAAGUGCUGAAAGACGUUGAAGAGAAAAGCAAAAAAAUAAAGAAGCACGACCAGUUCGUGUGA